AUGCUCGACACGAACAGCCGACAAGAGCUUAGCUUUGAGCCAACAAUGAUCCCUGAAAGCUGGAAGCUUCACGGUACGCGGUCGGAUGCAGAUCGCAUCAUGAAAAUCUCCUUCAUGCCAUUGGGCUCUGGUAGAAACAUGUUCCACGAAGGCCUGAAGAGACUCAAUGGCAAAGGGCCUCGACGCCAGGUGGCACGCGUGCAUAUGCAACAUCAUCAACCGUCCUCCGUGAUAUGA